UAUUCCAGAAGUUCCAGAAUUUUGUGGAGUACUUCACCACGCGUUUAUAUUUGGAUGUAGACAGUCAGACAGACAACGGAAUUCAAUUCUCGAUCGUCUCUCCCAGAAACCAUUUGAAUCCUUUAACCGAAGGAGGAAAGACAAGUUAGUAGGAGUUAUGGCUUUGAAUCCUCAACUUUUCCCGAAUGGGAUGCCGGUGCCCUUCGUCAGCGAGAUAUUUGUUUUGGCCAGAGAUGGCGUCGAGUUCGAGAUUGACAAGAUCCCUGGCACUCAAGGUGGAACUGUUAAAGCAAGAGGAACUAUCUACUUGUCAAAUAUUCGUAUGGUCUUUGUUGCAAACAAACCUGUUGAGAAUUUUGUUGCUUUUGAUAUGCCCCUGCUCUAUGUCCAUGAUGAAAAAUUCAACCAGCCAAUUUUCUUCUGCAACAAUAUUUCUGGUCAUGUGGAUCCGGUUGUGCCUGAUAAUGAACAUAGGGCUCUUUAUUCAACUCAUUCUUUCAAGAUUCUGUUCAAGGAAGGCGGUUGUGGAACUUUUGUCCCACUCUUCUUCAACUUAAUUGCUUCCGUCAGACAAUAUAACCAACACGCCAGGGAAGCACAGCCACGAAUGGAUCCUCUCCAAGCAGCUCAAACUCCUGUCGAUGACAUGAUGAGACAUGCAUAUGUUGAUCCGAAUGACCCCACGAGAAUUUUCUUGCAGCAGCCAAAUUCAGAGCCCCAGUUGAGGCGCCGCACAUACCAGUCACAGAAUGCUGCAAACCAAAUUUGAUUAUUGCUCUCGGGCUUGUGUAUAACAAGUUGAACUCAUGGGACCAAGUGAUGUAUCAUAAGCUUUCCUGUUGGUUGCUUGUAUUAGGAAAUUGCUAGCUGUGUCCAUAUAACACUCAGUUCUCUUGUUAAGGACACUCAGAUAUAAUGUGCUCAAAAAUGAAUGUGAUGUCCGAAAUCAGAAGAUAUAUGUGGUGUGUUAAUAUUUGUUUUC